CCAUCUGAUUGUUAAAAGGGGGGUGUGCUGGAGCGGUGACAUUUCACAUUUGCAUUUUGCAGGAGAUCGAGCUGUAUUGACUUCUCCAGCAGCAUGGCCGGCAAGAGAGUCCUGGUGAUCCUCGCCAAAGGAGCAGAGGAGAUGGAAACGGUCAUACCCACUGAUUUGAUGAGGAGGGCUGGAAUCACUGUGGUAGUCGCCGGCCUGACAGGCAAAGAACCCGUUCAGUGCAGCAGAGACGUUGUUAUCUGUCCGGACACCAGUCUAGAAGAGGCACGCAAGCAGGGUCCUUAUGAUGCUGUGGUCCUUCCUGGAGGAAAUCUCGGAGCUCAGAAUUUGUCGGAGUCUCCUGCAGUGAAGGAAGUGUUACAGGAACAGGAUGCUAAAAAAGGUCUGAUUGCUGCUAUUUGUGCAGGCCCCACUGCCCUUCUGGCCCAUGGAAUAGGAUAUGGAAAAAAAGUCACCACACAUCCCCUGGCCAAGGACAAGAUGAUGACUGGAGACCACUACAAAUACUCCGAAAACCGAGUGGAACAGGACGGCCAUAUUCUCACCAGCCGCGGACCCGGCACCAGCUUUGAGUUCGGCCUGGCUAUCGUAGAAUGCUUAGCAGGGAAAGAGACAGCGGAGCAGGUCAAAGCUCCCCUAGUUCUCAAAGAUUAAGACUGCCAUUCAACCGUUGUCCACCUUUC